GAGAGCUACAAUGUGUAUGCAUUGUCAGUGUGUUAGGCAAGGCAGAAAAGUUCCACUUCGAUGUGUGCGUGUACCGAUAGCGAUCCAGUAGCGUUCCGGGACAGUCAGUAACGGUUCACAGCGUAGCGUGGUGUCGACGAUGCCUGGAAAUUACGGGUUACGAAAACUCAAUGUCGGGAUCCUGUCCGCGUGCGUGAUCGGUCUCGGCUUAUCGUACUACGCGUACGUCGUGGAGACCGAGAAGGAGAAUGACGACACGUACGAGGCCAUGUGUGACAUCUCCGAGCACAUCAGCUGCACCAAAGUGUUCAUGACGGAAUAUGGCAAGGGGUUUGGACUGCUCCCAAAAGAUUCCGUCUUUAACAUCCCAAAUCCUAUAUAUGGUUUAGCAUUUUAUACACUGUUAUCGAUUUUAAGUAUGUCUAAUAAUUACGCUUGUUCGGCCGUCGUUGUUGUUUUGGGAAUACUCUCUAAUAUACUCUCAAUAUACUUAGCCUAUAUAUUAUAUCUGCUUAAAAAUAUCUGCGUUGUAUGCGUUUGCACGUACAUCGUAAACUUCGUGAUCACGUUCCUCGCCGUUAAGAAAUUCCGAAAAUUAAUCGCGAAUGACACGCAUAAAAAGAAGAUGAAGUGAUCUUAAAAAGUUAAUUGUAUUUUUUUACGAUCAUUCAAGAAGAUAUUGUUAUAAUAGUAGUUGUAAUAGUACUCUCUAUUUACACUGGGUACAGUAGAGGCUUAUUAAAUUUGGUUUCCCUAAUUUUGUCAUUUCGCUCUUAUCGUUUCAUAAAGUCAAAAUUAGAAUGACUCUCUACUGUAUACAGAUUUUCUCAGGUAGAUAAAUGUGAACUUUGAUACUUCUAUUAUUAUAACGAAAGAGAUUGAGGUAUUUUUUUCACGUUAUGCACUGCAAAAACACAACUCAAUGAAUUCUUUUAUACUUAUUUACGCAAUGUUUUAAAUAUAAAAAUAAUAUAUAAAAAAACUUCCGUUUAUAUAUUUAUAUUAUUGUAAAUCAACGAUAUAUGAACACUAUAUAAAUAAUAUCGCAUCUAUAUAAAAUUUGUAUAUUUAUUUGUUAAUAAAAUUUUACAUGCGAUGAUAUGCGAAAUGUUCCGCGAUAUUUCUUUUCAAUGCUGCCGUUUUCACUGCUGCAAUUAUUCAUGUGGGAUAAAGUAUACAUCAGAUUGGAAAUAUUAAGAAGGUAAGAAGUAUAAUGAUGCGGCACAUACUGGAUGUUUAUAAAGCGGCUCCUAGAUGAUCUUAGAUAACAUUGUACAAUAUUCCUCGCUAUUCACAUUCAAAUUGAAUAAGCCUCGAGAUAAUUAUUGAUAUUAUGUAAUGAUAUUGAACGCCUAGAAACCGUUUAAUGAUUUUUACAUUUUCUAUUUUGCGAAAAUGUCAGUAAUUUGUCGAAAACACAUGGGACACGUAAACAUUAGAAUUAAAAAUAUAUGAAACGUUUUGCAAUAU